UGCUUAUUUAAUAAUACUAUGUGAAAGUUGUCAUAUUCUGGAAAAUCUUUCUGCAAAAUAAGUAACAAGCAAUGAGCAUAAAAAUUAUUUUGUUUUUAAUCGCCAUCGAGUGCAACCAGACAUUCGGCAUAGGUCUUCGAUCCUUAAUCCUGGAGGCUCACAAUCGAAGGAGGGCCAAGUACGGGAAUCAGCCGAUGGUUCUGGACGAAGAUCUCUGUACAGAGUGCUCAGAAUACGCGGAGGAAAUAGUAAGGAAUGAUGGUGUUUACAGAGAGAACUACUUGGAAUACCUAUACGCAACGGGCCCAAUAACGGGCAAGCACCUUCAAAUCGUGUGCGUUUUCCGGGAUGCCUUGCCUAGGGAAUGUGUUCGAAUUUGGUUUCAUUACCGAGGCUUCGCCGAGAACACAAAGUAUUACAGGUUUACGGCCAUGAUAUGGAACGCCUCCACCAGGCUUGGCGUUGGACUAGGAAGAAUACAAGAAACACGAUACCUAGUAGUGAGGUAUGCUCCUCCUGGAAACAUUUUGGAAGAGAUGGCGUCCAAUGUUCCCAAGCGACCAACAACGUUUUGGGAUUCAGAACACAUUAGCGGUGACCAUGGGUCUGAGUCCACAGUUCGCAUAACAUUUGCUCGCAAUGGCGUCCACAACAUUUUUGGUAACUGGCUGUCUUUCGUAACGACCUUAUUAAAUUUAUAUCUGUGCGGAACGUCCAGAAUUUUGGUCUUAAGGUAGUGUCUGCAAACGUGUUUGGCUAAAGUGUAAAAAUAAAGCUGGAUUAUAACAUAAA